CUUUAACAGAUUUUGGACUUCAUCUCCCAGAAGCCUCAGCCACGUUGGCCAAUAGGAUGGGAUUCUGGGAGCUGAAGUCCAAAGUCUCUUAAGGGCACAGCUUAGGGGACAAUCGUGACGGUGGUCUAUGAAGCGUUGGUGGGGACGUCACUUCCGGUUCUUACCGUGUGUGACAUCCGCAAACAUGGCGGCGUUGUUGUCGCCCAGCCGCGGCUGUCGGAAGAGGCUGCGUCUCCCUGGCGGCUCCCUCGGAGCUCCGUCCUGGAGGGGCUCAGCGAGGCUCAGCGGCUCGACGGCGGUGUACGACGUGGUGGUGGCCGGGGGCGGCCUGGUCGGGACCGCCAUGGCGGCGGCGCUGGGGCACGACGUUCAUCUUCGCGAUAAGAAAAUUCUGCUCCUUGAAGCUCGUCCAAGGAAAAUGUCUGAGCGGUUGCCAGAGAGUUACAGCAAUAGAGUUAGUGCCAUCACACCUGGCUCCACCACAUUUCUCAGUAGUAAGUACAGUAUCCACCAGUUCCCUGGAGACAUGCUAUGA